UCUUCCUUAUUUCUCCCACCAUGCACUCCAGGAAGCUCAGCGCAAGUGCUCAGCUCUAUUGGAGGAUCCCCCCUCGUCUCCUUUCUCUUCAAUCUACUAAUACCACUCUCCCUCUACCACCCGGAAGAUACUCCGUGGUGAAACGGCCAACAACGAAAACAGCUCAGUUACCCAGACCUCGCUUGAGUUCAUUAUCAAUAGGUACUUUAUCUAUAGUACAUCGUCAACUUGCAAUAAAGUCCCAGCAUCUUUUGCCUUCUCGUCUCGAGUUGUCUCCUAGUCCGCAGGCCUUCCGGGCAAUAUGGACAAGCUAAGGUACCUAGUCUGCCUUGUCAACAUCAUGUGUCAAUUUCCCUUAUUUCCAGGGUCAUCCAUCAUCUACAUCUUGGGAUUGAGGUGGCCAGAGGUGUCGCUCUGUUACCGUGAGUUUGUCUCUCGUAACGACCGGAGAGUAGGGCCAAUCGGGUGGGGCAGUAGCGAUGCUAUUCGCAAGCCCAAGGGGGGAAGAAAGUAUGGAUUGGCCGCCCAGACAAUGUCUGUCUGUGUAUAGUUGGCACCGACGUCGGAUCGCACCCCAGGCUUACUCGGUACACAAUAGGAGUCGGAGCACCAUCCGCCCCAGGCAGGCGCCAGCGUGAGCUGUCAUUUCUUCCGCUGGUGAUCUAGUAGUGAAUGAUUUAUGGUGAAGAAGGCUGUGACAGCCAGGCUCAAGUGACUGGGUCUUAGCCCCUAUUUUGUUGAUUGUUCCCAAGCUCUGGCUGGGUAAACUAAAAGAAGUUAAAGAACAUAUGAACGCUUUGAGUACAUGUAGGUAGGUAUUGCUGAUAACCGGAAGAUGAAGCGAGGUAUCAUCAAGUAUUCGGGCGAUAACGCUCCGGCACUUACCUCCUGCUCUAACCCUGAA